UGUCAUGUUCAUGGUGGUCAGAGGCCAACUUUCUUACAUAUGUGUGUGUGUGUGUGUGUGUGUAUAUAUAUAUAUAUAUGUGGGGGUUGUUACUUAAUAUUUUGAAAAAAAUUCAGUUUAUGAUUUUCUAUUUUAAUUUGGAGUGUUUGAAAUAUUGGUCUUAUUAGGCUUAUGAGUUUAUUUUUUCACGCAAUAGAUAGUGCUAUUUUAUUUAUUAACUAGCUAUUUUUUAAUGUUAAAUAUCACUUCUUAUUUUUUGUUAUUCAGUUAAGAAAAGUGUUUUUUUUGCCUUUGUUCUUUAUUUGAUUUUUCAUUCUAUAAUAUAUGAAAGGAUUUGAAGAGUUUGUGUUUAACUCAAACCCUCGUUUUCUCUACUCAAUUCGCCGAUCGAAUCAACACUUCUCAUCUCUCCAUCUCAAUCUAUGUGAUAGACCGACGACGAACCGACUCGCUCAAUCUUCGCUUGCAAUCACUUUGACGACCGGACUUGUUUGCGCUCACAACUUUCUUCAGUUACUUCUUCAUCACUAUAGACCACCGAAGUUUCUGCUAAGUUUCUUAUCCAUUUCAUAUCUAUUUGAACCUGAUUUUUUGGGGACUUCGGGUCGUACAGUUUGGAAUUGGAUGAUGGCAAAACAAGCUCAAACCCUUUUCCUUGAAGAAUGGCUAAGGAGCAACAGUGGCAGUAGCACCAACAUUAGCUCGAGACAUUCUUCUUCCUCAUCUGCCCAAGCCAUCAUCCAAGCAUGGGCUGAUCUCAGGGACUCCCUUCAACAUCAAUAUUUCAAUCCGCAUCACCUCCAAUCUCUAAAGACGCUCUCUAACUCUCAAACGUCCCUUUAUGUUUCAGAUCCACAGGCAAAGCUUAUACUUUCCAUUCUAUCCUCGCCAAAGCUUUCUCUUCCUCAUGAAUCAUAUCCUCUCUUUCUCAAGCUUCUUUAUAUCUGGGUCAGGAAAUCCUCAAGACCCUCGUCUGUAGUCAUUGAUUCUGCUGUCGAGGUCCUUUCUCAACUUUUCUCUGGACAGUUAGAUAUUACUAAGAAUUCUUUCUUCUCCGAGGGAGUUCUCCUUCUGGGUGCUUUUUCUUUUGUUCCUUCUGCGUCCAAAAAAUCCAAAUCAGUUUCCUUGGAGUUGCUUUGUAGGCUAUUGGAGGAAAAUUACCAAUCGAUUGGCUAUUCUGAAACACAUAUUGUCAAUUUUCUUGCAGGCAUUGGGUAUGCUCUAUCUUCUUCUGAAAGUGUUCAUUUCAUUAGAAUUCUGGAUUCUCUGUUUGGAAUUUGGGAUAAGGAAGAUGGGCCUUGUGGUACUGUUUCUCAUGGGCUCAUGAUAUUGCAUUUGGUUGAAUGGGUUGUAUCUAGUUUCAUCAACUCACAUUCUUUCAAGAGAAUUGAUGUUUUCACAAGAGAGGUUUUAGAGACUUCAAAGCCAUACUAUGCUCCAUUUGCCAUUGUUAUGGCUGCAGCUGGAGCACUGAGGUCUUCCAAGAAAUCUGUAUCAAUUGAAAUGAGGCGAUUAAGGAAUUUUGCAGAGAAACGGAUUGAAACUGUAUCCAGAGACUUGAUUUCUAAAACAGGAGGUUUUAUUAAUUCAUGUAAUAAUCCUGGAAACAGUCUUCUUCUACAAUGUAUUUCGUUAGCUUUGGCUCGAAGUGGUCCUGUUGCUCCCAAAGCUCCUCUGGUUAUAUGCCUUGCUUCAGCGUUGUUGACUGAAGUCUUUCCCUUACUACCUUUUUAUACAAGGAUUCUUGAAUACCCACGUGGCAAUUUGGCUAAACUGGGGCUUGAUGAGGUCAAAGCACAUUUGAACCAUAUUACUUUUAAGGAAGCAGGGAUAAUAACUGGUGUUUUCUGCAAUCAGUAUGUUUCAUCUGAUGAAGAGAGCAAGAGUAGGGUGGAGAAUCUUAUAUGGGUCUACUGUCAAGAUGUCUAUUUGGGGCAUCGACAGGUACGUUUGAUGCUUCAAGGCGGGCAUGAUGAGCUACUCAGGGAUCUAGAGAAAAUUGCUGAAUCUGCUUUCCUUAUGGUUGUAGUUUUUGCGCUGGCUGUCUCAAAGCACAGGUUAGAUUCAAAAUUCACCCAACAAACUCAGAUGGAAAUUUCGGUAAAGAUAUUAGUUUCAUUUUCUUGUAUGGAGUAUUUCCGGCGUGUGCGUUUGCCAGAAUAUAUGGAUACAAUUAGAGGAGUUGUCGUAAGUAUCCAGGAGAAUGAAUCAGCUUGCAUCUCGUUCGUAGAAUCUAUGCCUUCUUAUGUUGACUUGACAAAUCCCCAAGGUUCUUCCAACUUGCAGAUAACGGAAUAUACAUGGUCAAAAGAUGAGGUGCAAAUUGCUCGGAUCUUGUUUUAUCUGCGGGUUAUUCCAACUUGCAUUGAACGGUUACCUACCCCUAUAUUUAGAAGGGUGGUAGCUCCAACUAUGUUCUUAUAUAUGGGGCAUCCGAACGGAAAAGUAGCUCGAGCUUCACAUUCGAUGUUUGUUGCUUUUGUAUCUUCCGGGAAUGAUUCUGACGAGGAUGAGAGAGUCGUACUAAAGGAGCAACUUGUUUUCUAUUACAUGAAGAGAUCACUAGAGGGAUAUCCUGGGAUCACCCCUUUUGAUGGAAUGGCUUCUGGAGUUGCUGCCUUGGUUCGUCAUCUUCCUGCUGCAAGUCCAUCCAUAUUUUACUGUAUCCAGUGUCUUGUUGAAAAAGCUAAUAAUCUCUGCAGUGAAGCCAUGAUUCAGGAUGCUGAUCUGUGGAAGAACUGGCAAGGAGAGUUAGAUCCUUGUAAGAAAAUUCUAGAUUUGCUUUUACGGCUUCUCUCCCUGGUGGAUAUACAGGUCCUACCAAGUUUGAUGAAGCUAUUGGCACAGACGAUUGUACAAUUACCGAAAGAUGGCCAAAACAUGGUUCUUAAUGAGUUCUAUGCACAGGUUGCAGAAUCUGAUGAUGUUACACGAAAACCGACGCUUGUUUCAUGGUUGCAGUCACUAUCUUACCUUUGUUCUCAAGUUACUAGUACAAGUGCGACAUCCCUAAGGGUGGGACCUGAAGUAAAUGCUGCUCCUGCUUGGAGCACGGAUACAUUAAGCUUGAAUAGGAUCAGUGCACGACUCUAAGACAUUGAGGUGUGACCUUCUGGAGGAGAAUCUGUUACCAACCCAUAAAUGUCGGAAGAGGUAGAUCAAAAUAAAACCUGCAAGAGCAGAGAUUGGGGCAUGACACAACCAUGCAAUUGUUGUAAGAGCACCAAGGGGACGCGGUUCGGUAGAUGAAAAUGGAAUGGGAAAGAAAUGCAUUUUAUUGUGAUCCAAUAAAGAGAAUAUGAUAAUUAGAAUUAUUGGAAUCAAGCUUAAAACUGGACUGGGAAUUCAUUUGGCAUCAAAGCAAUUCUGAUAUUUUAGUGUGGUCCAAUAUUCAUCGGUACCAAUGGGCGUUAGUCCAGAUGGUUUGGAAAGGUUGAGUGUUUGAGCCUGUUAGAGAUAAUAUUAUUGUGGGUGUGUGUGCUUUGCUUGAUCUUUAAUAUUUUAAUAUAUAUAUAUAUAUGUUUGACUCUAAA